GUGUCGUACCGCACUCGCGUAUCGCAGUGUUGUACGUAUACAUGAUUUCUGCGUGCGAGCCACGACGUGAAAGAUUUGGACAGGAUUCACUGACACCCCAAGCGUCUCAGCACCGUUUGUCACGUGACCUAUGAAGCCCGCAAGAAAAUGGCGGAAUGUGGUGUGUGUUGUGUAAAAUUAAAAUUAAACCUAUUGCUGUGCGUGAUAGUGUUUCUUCAGUCCUGCCUUCUCCAAACUGCUUCCUGCCUUGAGUGCUACUGUGCAGGGUAUUGUCCUUUUGACGCCUUCAAUGGGACGUGUCAAGCACUGCCAAACAGUCAGUGUUUCAGCGCAGUUGAAGAAGUGUACAAUCCAGAGACUGGGGAAUAUGAACCAGAAAGGACAUAUGGGUGCCUGCCUCCCGAGGAAACAGGCUUGAUGCUGUGCAAAGGCAGCCUUGUUCCCCACAAGAUUCCAAAAUCGAUUGCGUGCUGUAGCGACGGAGACCUCUGCAACAAGUACCUGAAACCUAUGUACAAGAUCAUACCUGACGACGACGACGAGUACCCAGCCCAACUGCACCGCCGUAACGAGCUCCUCUAUCAAGUUGCCAUCAUACUGCCUACCACUGCCAUUUUGGUUCUGCUCUUUCUACUGGGCUUGUACUUCUACAUGAAACACAAGAAAUAUCCGGAGCAGGACCUGUACUACUCCUCAGGAUGCAGGGAACCUUUUAUUCCAGUCACUAAGGGUGGACCGUGCAUCCAGGAUCUCAUCGAUCAGUCCGUCACUUCGGGGAGCGGCUCUGGGCUUCCUAAAUUGGUGCAGCUGACGAUAGCUCGGCAGAUCGAGAUGGUGCAGAGCAUCGGGAAGGGCCGCUAUGGGGAGGUGUGGAAAGGGCAGUGGAGAGGGGAAUACGUGGCCGUGAAGGUGUUCUUCACCACGGAGGAAGCGAGCUGGGUGCGAGAGACCGAGAUCUACCAGACCGUCCUCCUCAGGCACGACAACAUCCUCGGUUUCGUCGCAUCGGACAUCCGCGGCACUGGCUCGUGGACCCAGAUGCUCCUGAUUACAAACUACCACGAAAACGGAUCGCUCUACGAUUACCUCUCCUCGCGCGUGGUGGACACUGACGAGGGCAUCACCCUGGCCUACACAGCAGUUUGCGGCAUUGCCCACCUCCACAUGGCCAUCUUUGGCAAACAGGGAAAGCCAGCUAUAGCACACAGGGACAUCAAAAGCAAGAACAUCCUCGUAAAGAAGAACGGCACCUGUGCGAUCGCCGACUUUGGCCUGGCAGUCAGUUUUGACGGGGAGGCCCAGAAGCUGGAUAUUGCUGCCAAUCCCCGCGUGGGUACCAAAAGGUACAUGCCUCCCGAGGUAUUGGACGAGAGCUUGUCCAAGAACAGCUUCGAUGGCUACAAGUAUGCAGACAUGUACUCCUUUGCACUAGUCCUCUGGGAGAUUGCACGACGGUGCACGAUAAACGGUGUGGCAGACGAUUACCAGAUACCCUUCCAAGGGGUUGUCCCCUCUGACCCCAGCUUCGAAGACAUGCACAAAGUAGUGUGUGUCGAUCGCAUGAGGCCUCCAAUCUCGGAAAGGUGGGAACAGUGCGAGGCCUCACGGACAUUGUCCAAGAUCAUGCGAGAGUGCUGGCACCACAACCCGACUGUCCGCCUCACGGCCCUCAGGGUCAAGAAGACGCUGGCAAAGUUGGAAGCGAGCGAACCCAGGACGAAAAUGGUCUGAAGGACAUUUCCUCCCCGCCCUUCAUCCAACUGCCAAGGUUGUCGAAAAAUUCCCCGCGGGGUCGACCUCUUCAAAAGUGCUCAACGGUCGGUUGCACCUCCCCCUUCCCUCCUCCCCCAGUGCCAUUUUGAGUGAGUGAAUGAGGCGCGUCGUUCCGCGGCGCACCCUCGGCGGUGGCAGAGGGUGGCGUGCCGCGAGUUUCCCUCCCCCCUGCGAGUGUGGUUGUGAUCGUUCGUUGUGCCGCGUGCGCAGCGACCUUGACUCGUCUCGGGGGUGUGUGUCCCGUUUUUGUGGGGACUAACCUCUCGCGAGUGGUAAGCUUCUAAAAUACUUGGUGAAGCGAGUCGUGGGUUUGAGAGUACACGCUACCGCAUCCGCAACUUGCCCUUCAUUUCAUACCGGUCGUUGGUACCAGGCUCAACGGU